AUGAGGGUGACGUGCAGAAUAUUGACGCUUCUGAAGCAAAGGUGGGUACAUAGGAAGCAAAAUAAAAAUAAUUUAUUAUUUAUACUCCACUCAUCUAGCCGGGUUGCCCCAGAUACUGAGAAGAUUUUGGGCUCUGGAUACCUAGGCAUGGGAGUGAGUGAAAAGGAUACUGCUAGACAACUCAGAAUCCAUAAAGUGGAUGGGAAAGUGAGAUAAUUCUAGUGGUUCACCAAACCGCACCCCAAACAGGUUCCUGCCUCUUUUCAUAGGCUUGAAUUUGGUAGCUGGUGCGUACAGUAAAACUCUCCACCGCAACCCAUGGGCCGGCUAUUCCCAUGCUGUCUGCGUAACAAUAAAAGAGAGACAGGGUUUGAUCUACCCUUUGGCAGAGUCGUUCAGGGUCCCAAGAGCAAGUUUGAAUGAUCCUUACCUAAAGGAAUAGGUUGCUGUGCAUCUACCACACGCGCGCACACACAAAAUGUUCUCUGGACUAACGGUUCCAUCUUUUUUCAGGUGUAGUAUUCCCCAGGAAAGCGAAACCCUGGAAGUUCAGCCUGACAAGCAAGAGGAGUUCGCAGCUCACGCAGGUACAGGUGAAACUGAAUACCAUUGGGGAAUUGGCAACAGGGUUUUAAGCAGGAACAUCAAGCAAAUCUAAAUCUUUGGCUGUUUUUCUGAGCUCAGUGUUGGAUUUAUUUACUUUUAAAAAUGCUUUUUCUGUCACCAACAUCUAUAUUGAUGCACCAGAAUUUAUUAUGUACUGGAAUCUAGCUUGGCCACAACUAAACUUAAUUUGCUUGUUGAGAUAUGAUGGAGGGAUAUAAAAAGCAGCUCAAAGGAAUGAAAUAAAAUUUACAGUAUCUGUUCAUAGCUCCCCUGGAAAUUUUUGGAAAGUCUAGGCAUUUAGUACUAAACAGUAGAAUAUGUAUCCAGUGGAGGAAGAUAGGGGAAUCCUCUACUUGUAGGCAGGGUUUACAUCUUUUGUGUCUAAAUAUUAAAGUUUUAAAUGCAAACUUUGAGAGAAAACAUUUUUUCACAUUACCCAAACAUUUAUUCUGUAACAGAAAAUGUUUGCUUGUGUGUACAAACUUGGCAACGGAGAUUUUCUAAUGCUGUUGUGUUUUUGAUAGCUACUGUGUUGGAUAUAUUAAUUUUCUACUGGGUUCUGCCACCAGAUCUCUUGUAUAUCGUAAAUUGGGAGAGGCUAACCCCCAGUUUGGGGGGGCCUGAUCCGGCUCCCAAGCAAAUUUUUCUGGGGCUCCCCUGAUUUUGGCAACAGCAACAAAAAAGGAAAAAAGAACCCCUCCUCCCUUCACUGUAAUCAUUAAUCAAAUCAUAUUUAUACUCGCAGCUUCUUUUUUGAAAAAAACCUAGUGAGAAAUGAGAUUUGAUCAGCUGGGAACUGUUUGGUUUACAUUUAUGCUCUUUAUUUAAUAGCUGCAUUUAAGGUGCAUUACUUUCCUUCUUUAAUUUUUAGUGCUUUACUUUGUGUUAAAGGAAAGUAAAAUUGUAGGCAGAGGGCAUGCUAAUGUCAUUUUGACGUUUAAUUUCACUUCCUCUGAAAAUCUUCCUUUAGCUUGUUCUUGAGUGGGUGUUUUUCAGUUCUAUUCAGUCUGGCUCUGAUCACAAUGCGACUGAUUCCUCUUCAUCAAUCUCUAGAUAAUUCUGAGACAGGCAGUCCCGAGCGCAGGCUGGGCUGCCAAGGAACCCAGGAGCUGGACGGCUCGUCCCAGUGGCUGGCUGACCAGAAUGAGGCCGGUUCCGAGCAUGCACUGGAGCAGGAAGCCAGCACUACAACCGCAAACGAAGCUGUUGGGACGAGAGGCAAAGAGCAAGAGAGAACUAAAAUGCAGAGCAGUCCUCCCCAACAGCAACAUGCGCUGCAACCACAGGUAGAGUUGGAGGUGAGGGGAAUCCCAGUGUAAGGCCCUGUGUUUUGAGGCCGCUUACUGGAUUACAGUUUUUCAAAGCACUGUAGUUCAUUAGGGGUCUUCAGAAUGAAUUUUGACUGCUUUAGUGAAGUAUGUGGAUGAUCAUUGUACUACAAAGAGCAUCUGUGAGAGUCAGAACAAGGGAUGCUCUUCUCUGAUGCUCUACCUAGACAAGCUCCCCAGAGCUGUUGGGUUCCUUUAAGGCCACUAUAAUAAUGUUCUACCCUCGUUUGUCUCCUCUUGUUCAUCUCAGACUGCAUCGGACAGAAUGACAGGCAGUAACCCAGUGUCACCAGCCUCCUCGGGCUCACCUGCCUCAACUGGCAGCAUCUCACCACCACAUCUCACCCACGACUCCUCGCUGGACAGUCACCCAGGUUUUGAUGUUCCCAAGACACAGAACAGAGCCCUUGUGUCGCCCGGGAUGUACACCUCCCCGGACCCUGCAAGCAUGUGGGACAAGACACACGCGGAGAUUGCUGAGCAGGCCAAGCAUGUAAGCCACACAUGGUCCAGGGAUCAUUUGGCCCCUUCUGCCCUCUUGAGUUGGGCAUGAACAUACACAAUCUAAGUUAACAUUCUGUUUAGUUUGUCCUUCCAAGCUGCAGUUCACAAGGAUACAGUGUUUUGGGCUAACUGACUUGGGGGAUGUAUUCCAGGAGGCAGAGAUUGAAAACCGCAUCGCAGAAAUGAAGAAGGAAGGGUUCUGGUCCAUGAAACGGCUGUCGAAGGUGCCUGAGCCAGUCCGACCCAAAGUACACUGGGAUUAUCUUUGCGAGGAGAUGCAGUGGCUCUCUGCUGACUUUGCCCAAGAGCGCCGAUGGAAGAGGGGUGUUGCGAGGAAGGUGAGUUUGAUGGAAAAAGCUGCCAAUCUCCAAACAUUUAACCCAUCUCUUUCAGUCAGUUUUCACUCAUGCAUUCCAAUCUCUGGGUUUAAGGGCAUUUCAUAAUCGUGCAAUUUUGUAACACCUCAGGUUUGUGGCUUGUGCUGUUGCAGAAAAGCAAUAUAAUAUGUGUGUCCCUAGGGUUUCCAUCCACUUUAGUGAAGUGGAGCUAGCUCUUCCCUACGACCCAGAUUUAGGAAGGACUGUUUAGAGCUGUGGAAAUCUGUGAAGACUUGUGAUUAUUAACAUGAUCCUUCUCUCCUUUGUUGCUUGCAGGUGGUGCGCAUGGUGAUCAGACACCACGAAGAGCAGAAGCAAAAAGAAGAACGAGCCAAACGGGAGGAGCAGGCCAAGCUGCGCCGUAUUGCCUCGUCCAUCGCCAAAGAAGUCAAGCAAUUCUGGAGCAAUGUAGAGAAGGUACGUGAGGAACCUGUCUGGCAUCAUAAAAGCAGCAUGCAGGCCUUGCUCCUGAAUACAGGAGCCACACCUUGAGCCAGGUGUCUGGAGCUGGUUGCCUCUACUCUGCCUAAUCAGAAAUACUGUGGAUUCAUCCAUAGAAGGGUUGAGUGAAUCUCUUGCCUUCAUAGUUUGUUGGUGGAAUUUCUCUAAUUAAUAUAUGCGUAUAGGUAAACGUAGGUGUGUGUGUGUGUACAUAUAUAUGGAUAUGUAUACAUACACACAUAUACAUACAUACAUACAUGCAUACACACACACACACACACACACACACACACACACAUAUGAAUGACUUCAUUUAGACAAAAUACGUAAAGUAUAACAAACCAGAAUUUCAAACACAUAAAGCAUGCAGUUAGUUGGAGGUUAUGUUUGUUAUGUAUUUCUGUCCACUCUCACUCAUUCUUCACUUCUGCAUUCAUAUUAAAAAGGCGGGGCAAAUUAUGCUUUUGUCUAUUCUCCUACAGCAGUGAGAUGAAUUGUUCUGCUCUGUCUCAAACAUCAGUUGCUUUUAUUACUUGUAAUUGGAGCUACUGUUCCAAAUACAGUGGUACCUCGGGUUAAGUACUUAAUUCGUUCCGGAGGUCUGCUCUUAACCUGAAACUGUUCUUAACCUGAAGCACCACUUUAGCUAAUGGGGCCUCCUGCUGCUGACGCGCCGCCGGAGCCCGAUUUCUGUUCUUAUCCUGAAGCAAAGUUCUUAACCUGAAGCACUAUUUCUGGGCUAGCGGAGUCUGUAACUUGAAACGUAUGUAACCUGAAGCAUAUGUAACCUGAGGUACCACUGUAACUAAAUUGGGGUUUCUUGCUUUUACAUGAGUAACAAAGUGCUUUUUAACAGCUUUGAAAAAUUUGCAUGGUUAAGGUUGCAGAGAAAAGAGUGGCACUGUGUGCACAGGGCUACUGAAGACUUUGAGAAGAUAGUAGCUCUUUGCCCAUGUUGCCUUUAACUCAAGAGCAAGUUCUAGCACAGCACAUUCUGCAGGAAUGAACUUGGAGACUUUCCCGCCAAACUCUUUUUUCCUCAGGUUGUGCAAUUCAAGCAACAAUCACGUCUGGAGGAGAAACGGAAAAAAGCCUUGGACCUGCAGCUAGACUUCAUAGUGGGCCAGACAGAGAAAUACUCGGACCUACUGACCCAGAGCCUCAAUGAGACCUUUCCAGUUCCCAGCAAGACCGGUGGCUCCCAUGCGGGCUCUACUGCCUCUAGCCCACCACACCCCAGUCACCUCACUGAGGAUGAAGGUCAGAAACUUAAAAGUCUCAACCCUUUUCUCUGAAACUGCCCAGCCCCAGCCCAUCCAGGGCUGGCUCAACACAGGUACCCCUAUAUGGCUUAUAUCCUAUGAAUGUAAUUGCAGGGGGAUACUUCCAUGCCCAUUCCCUCCUCCUGCCCAACCAAACAUGGUAGAAUUGUAAUGUGUGCUUCUUUUGAGGAGAGACUGUGUAAGCCCCAAGGAGUUGUGUCUGACCACUCCCCUCUUCCUUCUCUGGCAGAUGGGGAUUUUCAACCCCAUGACGAGUCGGAUGAUGAGGAGACUAUCGAAGUAGAAGAGCAGCAGGAAGGGAAUGAUUCAGAGACUCAGCAACGGGAGAUUGAGUUGCUUAAGCAGGAGAGUGAACUGCCCCUAGAAGAGCUGCUGCAGUCACUGCCACCCCAAAUUUUGGAGAACUCCUUCAGCGUGCCCCCUUGUGCCUCUAGUUCUGAAAAUGAUGAAGAGGAGGAGGGUGACAGUGAAGAGGAAGAGGAGCAGGACGAAAAACAGACUUCCAAGAAGUUAAAGGUGUGCUGCUGGUUUAUGGGCAAGUCUUGGGUUCAGAUGCGUAGGGAACUCUACUUAGAAUAUGCAGCUACAGAAUUCUGACCAUCAUUCAGUCACACUUCAAUGGGCAUCACCAGCAUGUAGGAAAGGGACACAGAGUCAGGCAAUGGAUCAGGCUGGGCCUGGACAGGCAAGGGCCUAGCUGUAGAUAGCAGGAAAGAUUAAGUUAGUUGAGAAUACUUGUUGCCAAAUUUCUGUCCUGCUUUCUGUGACAUGCACAUGCACUGCUAAAGGCCUCCCAUCUUGGUCUGAAAGCCCUUUCUCAUAUUUGGCAGGAGAAGCCAAAGCCUGUUACUCAGAGGAAUAAAAAACCCUGGAAGCCUGAUGAAGAGGAUGAGGAGUUCACUGCCAAUGAGGAGGAAGGUGAGCCUGUUAUUUUGGGUCUGCGGUUGACUGAGCACGUUGGAAACUUGAGGCAGGGACCAGCGCUGGAAUCAUUUCAUGCAGUAACACAGGGCGUCCUUCCUCUUGUAGCUGAAGAUGAAGAGGAAACAAUAGAUGCAGAAGAAAAGCUGGAAGGAGAUGUGGAUCACAGCCAGGAGCUGGAUGAGCUGGCCAAGGAAGGUUCGGAAGCAGAUGGUGGCUGGGGUGGCAAAUGGCGGUCAGGACUUUCAUUCCCUGGGCCCUGAACACUAUUCGCUUUAUUACUAAAUUGUGUUUCCGAAUGUCUGCUAGGUCUGUGAACCAUCGUUCCCAGAAUUUCUGCUCUUAAAGGGACGUAGGGCCAGGGUAAGCACCUGCCCCAACUCAGUUUUGUAUUUCUUGCCCUACCCCAAGUGUUUCCAGUUCCCCUGGAACCUGUAAUCUGACUUAGUAGACCAACCUUAUUUGUUGGUGAACUGAGUUGGGCCUAUAUUGGUUGCACUAUGUCUAUUUCCCAUUUUUUUCCACAACCAUGGGAAGAUAAAGCAGUAUUGCCAACAAAAGUCUAAAAGGGGACUGAUUUGAACUGAUGGACAAGGUUUGGUGAGCUCAGAAAUGAUAACAAGUCAUUGAACCCAAAACCUAGGCUGGGGUUUCCAAGAUGGAACCCUCUGUUCUAAUUUGUAACUAGUUACAGAACCAGAGGGCCACUUCAACAAGAUAUGAUCAGGGAUCAGAGAAGAGAACUAUCUAUCUUAGUGUUCGGGCAUAAUCUUGUGCUUUCUUUCCCUUUGGCAGGUGAGUUACCCAUGGAUGAGUUGCUGCAGAAAUACGCUGGCGCCUAUACCUCAGACUUUGAAAUGGAGGAGUCGGACACGUCAUCCGAGGCCUCGGAGCCCAGCACUUCUGAGUAUGAGGAAGAGUCAGAGGAAGAAGACAGCAGUAGCCAGUCAGGUAAAAGGAAGGGAAUGGGUCUUGUAAAUUUGGAAAGUAAUUGAAUCUUGUGUGUAAUUACAGUGGUACCUUGAUUCUCAAACUUAAUCCGUUCCGGAAGUCUGUUCCAAAACCAAGGCGUGUUUUCCCCAUAGAAAGUAACGUAAAACAGAUUAAUCCGUUCCAGACUUUUAAAAACAACCCCUAAAACAGCAAUUUAACAUGAAUUUUACUAUCUUACGAGGCCAUUGAUCCAUAAAAUGAAAGCAAUAAACAAUGCACUGUACUAUAAAAUAAAUAAAACAGUAUUGUAGAUGAUAAAAAUUAAAAGUAAAAAAAAAUCUUACCUGCACUGAUGAUAGUCAUUGUUUGGAUGGGGUUUUUUUUAAUCCAUUUCUGCAGUUACACAAUCAUUCAGUAGCUGAACUGGGAUCCACACAGUCACCAAAGCAAAUUAACUGAAAAAGCCUCAAAACAGAAAACACAAAAUAAAUAGCAAAAACAAAAGCGCCAAAUAUAAGCUCCAUAUAUCACCUCAGAACUCCAAUCGGAAACGGAAGGCUUGAAUUACAAUGGGGGGGCACAAAGUAGCAGUGCAACGGGAAACACGGAAAUGGAAGGCUUGAAUUACAAUGGGGGACGCUAAUUAGCGCAACAGGAAACACAGGGCUCAAAAUGGAGCACGUUCGGCUUCCAAAAAAAAAGUUCGAAAACUGGAACACCUACUUCCAGUUUUGCAGCAUUCUGGUUCCAAGUUGUUCGUGAACUAAGCUGUUCGAAAACCAAGGUACCACUGUAUUAUCUCCUCUUUAUAGCCGAAGGUAUUCUUAGCAGGUGUCCUCAAGUAUUUGCCUCAGUCUUGGGAUCAGACUUUGUUUUUGAAGAAAUGUUUGUCCCAAAAACAACUUAACAUGCUGCAUUUGUCUUGAUGGCAUUUGUGGCACGUAACAAAUGAUUUCUUGUAUAGAGCAGUGUAGUUUGUAAGGCACUGAUUUAAAGAUGAUAGCAGUAAGUUGCCCAGCUGCUUUUUGUCCUGACAUUGCUACUUCUUUCAGAUUCCACAGAAGAGGUGGAGAGUGAGCAGGAUGAAAGUGAAGAGGAGGAUGCCAUGGAAGGCGGGGAGGAAGAAGCCUCUGUGAGCCAGGAGGAGGACUUUGGUGUUGAGUAUCUUCUGAAGCAGGAUGAGGAUCGUGGUGGCGAGGGAGACAAUGACUCGACUCCAGCCCCAGGGCCCAAGAAGGAGAUCACUGACAUAGCAGCUGCAGCGGAGAGCCUGCAACCCAAAGGUUAUACUUUGGAUACUACGCAGGUGAGUCAGAGGGAAUCUGCAGGGGAUUGCACUGGAAUAAAGCAGGCAAAUUAUAUUGCCCUUCUCCCAUGUAGGUUAAGACGCCUAUUCCCUAUCUGUUGCGUGGGACACUGCGAGAAUACCAACACAUUGGUCUGGACUGGUUGGUCACCAUGUAUGAGAAGAAACUCAAUGGUAUUCUGGCGGAUGAGAUGGGGCUUGGCAAAACAAUCCAGACGAUCUCGCUGCUGGCGCAUCUGGCCUGCGAAAAGGGUGGGUCAGGAACUUUGAGAAGAGAACGGAGGGUGAGGAUGGGCUCCUUGCUAGAAGCAGCAGAUGGCAUCUUAAACCUCCUAAGAUGUGGAGUAACAAAAUUCAUGCUCUCCGUGCUUUUAGUGGUCACUGUUCCCUUUGGCAGCUUGGCUUUAACAGCUCCAUCCUGGGGACAAAUGGGCUAUGGAGAGCAAGCUCUGGAGGGGAGAGAGCUGGAUUUGCUCAGGGGAGGGCAUGUGGCUGAGGAGUGAGGCACAGAGGCAGCCUUGGUCUCCAGAGUCAUGGAAGCUUCUCUGCUGUGCUUGUGUGCUCCUGUAGGCAGCUGGGGCCCCCACCUGAUCAUCGUUCCCACCAGCGUGAUACUGAACUGGGAGAUGGAAAUCAAGCGCUGGUGCCCCAGUUUCAAGAUCCUCACCUACUAUGGGGCACAGAAGGAGCGUAAGCUAAAACGGCAGGUGAGAAAACUCAGACGUUGCAGCUGGGACCAGAGAUGGGUUUUGUGUCUCACAAUGUAAAUGAUUUUAAACCUCCAGAUAAGCAUAAAAAGGUGUCUUUGUGGUUGAAAAAAAUGUAAUGUUGGGUAUCGUUUUCCUCCAGGAAACAUUCUGACUUCUAUGGGUCCUUUGAUAAAAUAUUUAAAAGAUUUCCCUCCCCCACCAUCUGUUUCUAAGUAAAUCAAAAAGGAUGGCUAGUUUACAAAGUGAGAAACUAGAUUAUUAGCAUUAUUUUGGGUAGCAUGUACUGUAUGGUGCUAAAUUAGGUUUGGUGGUCACGCUGUGCUAAUAAGAGAUUUGUUUUAAGGAAACUGAGAUGAUGCUUGUGGGUAAUUGUAAUGCAGUCUCUGGUCCAUAUGUGGCUCACAAUAGAAGACAUAUAGCUAGCAUAAUUUCCCAAAGGCACAGAAAGAAAGUAUUGAAAUAGUAUGUGUCAUAUGAGUCCAGGGGAUAGAGAUUACCUCAUAUUGUAAAAAGAGGCACAAGUUGUACUCCAGAAUUGAUUUGCAUUUGUAUGUAACUAUAUUUGUGUGUCUAUUCAUUUUGGCGGGGGGGACGGACCAGUUGGUGUAACAUGGGCAAAUCAUGCUAUCGUAUUUCUUUGCUGGCACACGACAAAGGAAUAUGAAGCCCACCUCUAUAGCUCAGUUGGUAGAACAGGAGACUCCUAACCUUAGGGUCAUGGGUUCGAGCCCCAUGUUGGGGAAAAGAUUCCUGCACUGCAAGGAGUUGGACUAGAUGAUCCUUGUGGUCCCCUCCAGCUCUACUUUUCUAUGAUUCUCUGACUAAGACAUGUUGGUGGCUCAGUUCUUUGGUACUCCAGGAAACAUAAGGUAGGGAAACCCUAAGUAGAGAUAUUAAAGAAUUUUAGUUAUUUUUAGUCUCCAAAUUACCUGAUAAUAGUCUGGAAUGCAUUUAAGGCUGAAAUAAGGGGUUCUUAGAUCAGUAUUGUUCUUAAAUAAGUAGUGCAGGACCCUCCACUAUACACUCUUUGGCACCUGCUUAAAUUAUUUUUGUUUACCCAAGCCAAUUCAGACAUGUAGAAUGUUUCAUGUGUUAUAUCUCUUUUGAAUGUUUUUAAACAUCUGUUUCUAAGUGCUUUCUAUCAAUAUUUUUAAUGUGUUUUUUAUCUUUAUGAAAUGCUUAGAAGUUGUUGUUUUUUAACAAUCAAGUGGUAUAUAAAUUUUGUUAAAUAACUAUCAAAAUAAGAAACUCAGAGAGGGCUGGAAGUUCCCUGCCGCAGGUCUACAGCUGUUGAGCUUGGUGUCUCUUGCGUUAUUGGUCACAAUUGUAAGCCUUCACUGUCUGUACUCAGGGUUGGACCAAGCCCAAUGCCUUUCAUAUCUGCAUCACCUCAUACAAGCUGGUACUGCAGGACCACCAGGCCUUUCGACGCAAGAAUUGGAAGUAUCUGAUCUUGGACGAGGCUCAGAACAUUAAGAACUUCAAGUCUCAGCGUUGGCAGUCUCUGCUAAACUUCAACAGGUGAGGGUGUGUGUGGUGGUGGGCUUGAGAUCGGGACGCAGGGUGGGGCAACGCCUCCCUCUCCGAGGUUCUCACUGUCCUGUCAUUAUUCCUCUUCCAGUCAGAGGCGGCUUCUUCUGACCGGAACUCCUCUCCAGAACAGCCUGAUGGAGUUGUGGUCCCUCAUGCACUUCCUGAUGCCCCAUGUCUUCCAGUCCCACCGCGAGUUUAAGGAGUGGUUUUCCAACCCACUGACGGGCAUGAUUGAGGGCAGCCAGGAGUACAACGAGAACCUGGUGAAAAGGCUACACAAGGUGAGCGGGGUGGGGGUGAGGGUACAGAGAGCAGCUGGCGUGGUUGGAAGGCGAAUGGGAAUUGAUUCUCUCCACCUCCCCAGGUGCUGCGGCCCUUCCUGCUGCGGAGGGUGAAAGUGGAUGUAGAGAAGCAAAUGCCAAAGAAAUACGAACAUGUCAUCAAGUGUCGGCUUUCCAAGCGCCAGCGUUAUCUCUACGAUGACUUCAUGGCCCAGGCUACGUAAGUACAGAAAGCUAGUUGGGGGAGGGAGGGAUGGGGUGCUGCGCUAGGGAUUGCUUGGCUCUCAGUGGCCUGGAUCUUAGAGGGCUGGUGGGCAGGAGCUCUGGAGGAUGAGCCCAGUGUUUUAUUCUCUGGCUUUGGUUAUUCAAUGCGGGACAAGCCAUCCUUUAUGCUAUUCCUCCUUAACAUCAGCGUCUGCUAUUCUGAUGCUUGGCACCUCUGAGUCUGGCUCACCCUGUGGUUGGUUUCUCUUUCAGCACCAAGGAGACAUUGGCAACGGGGCACUUCAUGAGCGUCAUCAACAUCCUGAUGCAGCUCCGCAAGGUCUGCAACCACCCCAACCUCUUUGACCCACGGCCAAUCCACUCGCCAUUUAUCACAGAAGGCAUCUGCUUCAACACAGCUUCCCUCAUCCUCCAUGCCCUUGAUAACGACCCUUUCAAGGCAAGUUUGUUCUCUCUCUGGUCUAGUAGGAGAGGGAGAUGCUCCAUUUAGAUGCUCCAGGUUGGGCGAGAGAUCAUUUGUCUUUGGGGCAAGAAGGGGUAUGUGUAAGUACCCAGGGUAACCAGACCCUAUAAUUGGGACUGUGCUUAUUUCCUGCAUAUGGGCCUUGCUCCUUACAGCAUGCGGACUUGGGCAUUUUUGAUCUGAUCAACUUGGAGGGCCGUGUGUCCCGUUAUGAGACAGACACAUUCCUGCCCAAGUGGAAGGUGACAAGGAAACUGAUUGAAGAGAUUGCUGAGUCCCCAGACCCUCCUCCCAGACCCAAGCCUGUCAAGAUGAAAGUUAACAGGUACCUGUGAUUCUUCUCAUUCUCAAUAGUGGGCAGCUUCCAGCAGUGGAUUAAUGAUGAUGAUGAUGAUAUUUAUUUAUAUGCCACCCAUCUGACUGGGUUGCUCCAGCCACUCUGGGCUGCUUCCAAUAAAUUAUAAAACUACAGCAAAACAUCAAACAUUAAAACCAUCUUUGUUCUUUGCUGUCCAAAGUCUGCACACCCCAUAUUGUUGCUGCUUGUAUUAGAAAAGCAGCAUUGAGCAUUUUAUCUUGGCCUUGGAUUUGUCGAUGCUGGAGAAUGCAGGAAGCCUUCUAGCACGGAGAAGAGGCUGACAUCAAGUUUUCCUCUUCCCAGCUGCAUGGCAGAAUACGGACUAACCGCAAAGCCCUCACCUUAGUGACUUCCCAGGAUCCUGACUCGGAAUAUUCCUUUGGCUAAGGCAGAGAAAGUAAAGUAGUUGUGCUUGAGAUUCGCCUAACAGGGGUUCUGCUGUAGAGAACACAGAUUUUGUGAGAAGAGGAUUUCCAGUGUGUUAGUUCUAAAUCGGUCUCUCUACCCACAGGAUGCUGCAGCCAGUGCCCAAGCCGGAGAACCGAACUGUGGUGCUGGUGAACAGCCCUCGUCCCACAACCCCUCUGCAAAAGCCCAUUGCCCCUGUCCUUCCAGAGACACUGAUGCCCGCUCUGGCCCCCAUCCAACACCCGGGCCCACUCUUGCCAGGACCAGUGCAGCCCCCCACACUCCCUGUUGCAGUCUCUCUCCCCAUGCCCAUCCCUUUGCCCUCCUCACCAGUGACCAUGUCAAUACCAGUGCCUCCUUCCAUCAGACCACAGACCCAGACUCUAGUGCCUACGCUGAGCCAGAACAACACAGCUGCUGCUCUGCUGCAAGGCCAGGCCUCUACUCCACAGGGUAAGAUUCAGAGAUCCCAAAGCAGUGGUAACGGGGAGGGAAGAAAGGGGGCUGGGAGCUAAUUCACUUUCUCAAGUGAGCCCUGGCAUCUCAAAUUCUUCUCUACAGUGAUGUACUAAGAAUUUUUACUGCCUGAAACGUAUCUACCUUUCUGGCAUACAAGUAUUCUGUAUUGGGGUGCCAAAUCUCUCACUAUCAAAAAAAGGGGUUUUUAAGCUAGUAGCCCUUGCAAGUUGCAGGGGGGAAAUGUGCCCAUUUUGUGCGUUGGAACAAUUUCAGUCCUGCAUCAGAGAAGAGGGUAUUGCUUGGAAGGGUUAGUAAAGGCAGAGAUAGUGAGAAAAGUUUUCUUUUAUGCCACUGGGAACAAAACAAUGGCUUCUUCCUUUCUUUUCUUCUUUUUAAAUGAGACCAGGGCUAGACCAAGAGACACUACAAAUCUGUAAUCUUUUCCCCUUUCUCCACAGUCCUGCCUGUGGCGAUGACUGCAGCUCAGCUGGUCCCAAAUGCUCCCCGACCCCUCCUCCAGGCAUCUCCUAUUCCUCCCACCACCACAGCAUCUUCCUCGCUGAAACCUGGUGCACUGCCAGCCCCUGUGGGGCAGCAGCAGCCCAUCAACACCUUAGCCAUCACGUCCUUGGGACAGCAGCAGCCCAUCAACACCCAGCCCAUCAGCCCCUUGGGUGUCCCUCCCAUGGGGCAGCCACCUCUGCCCAUCAGCACCUUGGGUGUGUCCUCCGUGGGGCAGCCGCCACCGCCCAUCAACACUUUGGGUGUUUCCCCCAUUGGACAGCAGCUGCCACCCACCAACACUUUGAGUCCAGCUGCUACAGCCCAGCAGUCAACCAGCACCAUGGGCACAGGCGCCAUAGGAGGCAUGAUGAAGCCUGUGAACAUCCAUUCCGCUGUGCCCGCCUUGCCAGGCUACAACUUUGCAACUGCUGGAGCCCUUCAGCAAAGGCUUCUGCUGUCCCCGGAUAUGCAGGCACGGUUGCCCUGUAAGUAUGGAGAGACCGCUGGGAAGGAGGCAGCACAGUUUGAUCAUCUCCCAAGCCUAACCAGUAUCUUCUUUCACUGCAGCGGGCGAAGUGGUAAGCAUUGGGCAGCUUGCCUCACUGGCCACCCGGCCCCUGCAGAGUGCUCCAGGGAGCAAACCCCUCACCUUCCAAAUCCAAGGCAACAAGCUUACCUUGACGGGUACACAGGUCCGGCAGGUCACUAUGCCUCAGCCAGCCCGACAGCUGCCAAGUAGGUAACCCCCCCAGCCCCCCACUAUCCCAAACUCACUUUUCUCCUCUGUGUCCUGUCAGAGCCUGAUGGGCAGCUCUGCACAGUGUGUCGGUUCCUAGACUACUGUGCUACUGGAAGUAGUUGGUAGGGUGGGCCUCAGUAUGACUUCAUUGAGCCUUCCAUAAUGAUUGUCUUUUGGGGGGAGGGUUCUCUCUCUUGACUGGCUUGUUUUCCAUGUGCCGGGGUCUCCAUGGGAGAGCUUUCCACUUGCCCUCUGGCGCAGCUUGCUCCUGCAGCAGAUAAUCUGUUCCACUCCCAUUGCCUGAGUCCUCCUUUGAAAUGGCCCUGAAAAAUGUUCCUCGUAGAUCUGGAUGCAAAAUAAAAACCUUGCAAUGUGAAUAUGCAGAGAAGUAGUAAUACCAGAAUUGGUAGGACAUGGGAACAGUGGAAGAAAUACUUUUAUCAGAGCGGUCCCUCUAAGCUCCUGAUGCCUCUUUGUGGGGCAUCCGGUGACCCGAGGGAUACAGGAAUCUCCAGAGCCUUUCCUGACAUAGAGGCCCACUGUUUCUAUGGUGGGAUCUCUGCAGGAGGGCUUACACAUGCACUUGGAAGUUUGGCCACCAUCUGCAGGCAAGGCAGGUAGCUGUGUAGUUAAUGGUCUCUCCCUCCUGUCCCAUCUAGGGAAUGUAGUUCACCUGGUGUCGGCCGGGGGGCAGCACCACAUCAUCAGCCAGCCAGCACAGGUUGCUUUGAUCCAGGCCAUGUCUCAGCAGACUGGGCAGGCCCCAGUUGGGGUGCAGGCUGUGCCAGGCCACCAGCCUCCCACCAUCCUGCCUGUCCCAGCUACCAGCACAGCUGCUCCAGCUGUGGCUUCCACAGCAACUAUCAGCCUCCCCAUUGCUGCCACCCAAGGUUAGUCAGUAUCUGGAUUCCUGGGGGUUGCCCUCCCACCCUUGGAAGGCAAUGUGGUUUUGUGGGUUGAGGGCCUGGGUGACUUUGCCUUUGGGUCAGUAAACCUUCCUUCUGUGUCCCCAACAGCAUAUUGUUCUCAUCCUCCCUCGUAUGGCAUCUGUUUCUCCACCCUGGCCGCCUUCCACUUCCCUUUCCUUCUGCCCUGCUCCCUACAUUGGUCCAACCCUCCACCACCCAAGCCUUCUCUGAAUUGCCAUGGCCUGGUCCUAUGUUGAGGCUUCUCCUUCAGCACUGGCAUAAAACAAAUGUCUGGUAGGAAUAAUUAGAAAUGACACCGCUCUGUUGGAGAGCCGCAGUGCAGCCUCUCUCUUUGCUGUUGCCCCCACAGUGCCCUCAUCAGCAGUGAACAGCUCUGGUGUGGUGAAGAUCGUUGUGCGUCAGGCUCCUCGAGAUGGCCUGCUGACCCCGUCCCCUGGCCCGCAGCAGCCAUCUCUGCGCCCUGCUACAGCAACAACUGCUGCCACACUGCCUGGUCUCCCAGCGGCCCUCAUGGCCCAACGAGCCCCGCUCCCCAUGACUCCUGUGCCGCCUGUCAGGUUGCCCGCUCAGCCACUGGUGCCAGUUAGGGCGCCCACACCAGCUCCCCUGCAGGGCCUUGUGAGACCCAUGCUGCGAAUGGUACAGGCGCCAAGCCCCAGUCUGGAGCAACAGCUGGGUAAGCAUGUUUCCCAGCACCUUGCGUAGCGAUUCGUGCAUCUUAGACGGCUGUGGGGUUGGGAAGAGUUCCUCACCAUCUUGGGAGUCUGGCAAUGGUGGAAACGAUAACGUGAAAUGCCAAAGCACCAUCUUCUAGUAGAGUUUAGUUUCUUCUCUUUUCCCCAGCAGCCCUUCUGAUUCCCUUUCUGUCUCCCCUUUUUUCAGUUGCAGCUGCCACACCCCCGAUAGCGGCUCCAUUUGCGGUCACUCCAGCGGCCACCGUCACUGUUGCCGCCAACACCUCCCCAGCUAUGACUUCCCAGACGGCCUCAAGCGCAGUGCCCAAGGAGGAGCCAGAGAUGUUAACGUUGCGCUCCACCACCCCAACGCCGCCCCCGCCCCCUUCCGUUCUGGCCCCACGGCCAAGGCGGCAGCCGCCUCCCCCACCUCGCUCACCCUUCUAUCUGGUGAGUUCCUGCUGGAGGCCUUGGGCUCUGGGGGGGAUCGAGGAGCAGGGUGGCCUAGAGGCUGUUCUCGCCGCUUGGGGGAAGGGCCCUGGCCUCUGUUCUUCCUGACUGGCUUCACUCUUUUUGGCCUGCAGGAAUCACUUGAAGAGAAGCGGAAGAAGCAGAAGGAAGAGCGCCUCGACCGGCUCUUCCGCCUCAAUGAGCAACACUGCAACCUUGUGCCAAUUUACGGCACUGAGGUGCUACACUUUUGUACUCUUUUCCCCCCUGCUCCCCCUCACUGGAGGGAGGAGGAGGAGGAAGAGGAGCCAGCAGCAGCCCCAGCCCAGGAAGUGGAGCCCAAGGGCUACAGGGGGGCUAGCUAUGUACACUGUUAUGCAGCACAAGUGCAAAAGGACCCCCAUCGCCUCGAGGCUCACUGGCAGCGGGCAGACACCUUGACCCAGGCUAUCUUGAAGCCACAGCAGCGAAUUGAGGAACUGACAGACAUUAUUGAGAGGUAGCAUCUUUUUGUGGGAAGGUAAAACUUUGGGGGGGGUGGCAGCAAAAAAUAGAGGGUGCGAAAACGUAAAAAAUGUAAAAUAAAUUUUCCUGUACGCAACUGCUGCUGCAAGAAUGUUGAUUGCAAUGAACUGGAAGUGGGAGAAGGUUCCAACAAAACUAGAUUGGCAGAAUAAAUUACUAGAAUCUGCCGAAAUGGCACAAAUGACAAACAGGCUGAGAGGCAAUACAAAGCAGAGCUUUAUUGAAAAAUGGGACACAUUCAAGAAACAUUUAGAAAAAUAAAAUAGUGGUGUGGCAUCUGUGGCAGCGUUUGAAUGAUUUCCGUGUAAAAUAACAACAAAUAACGAGAAUGGGUACAAAAAGGUGUAAUAAACUAUAAGAUAACAUAAAAAGAACAAAAUAAUAAUUAUAAGUACAACCGAUAGCAGAAUUGGUAACUACACUGUGGGGUGACAGGAAGUCUUAAGUAUCUUAGUAAGAAGCUAUGGUGAAAUGGACUGAAUAAGAUUGAACAGAUUGUUAUUUGUAUACUUGGAUAUGCCAUAUAUAAGAAUGUUUCGUUAUUAAAUCAGUUUCAAUAAAGCAUAUAAAACCUUUUUUAAAAAAGUGUUCCUGGGAGCUGCAGCUUGAAGGCUACGAGGGAACCCAAGAGUCCUGCUCCCUGCUCUCCAGAGGUGCCAUGGUAUCCCCCUUGUUGUCCUCAGCUUUCCCUUCUCUCUCUGCAGGUUCAUCUUUGUUAUGCCUCCUGUGGAGGCUCCUGCUAUCACCAUGCAUACCUCUCACCCGCCCCCAUCACUCCUGCUCCAGCAGGCUGUCUUCAAGGAGACCCUGAGACAGGAGCUCUCGCCCUGUGCAAGUGGCCUGCACCGUAUCGUCUGCAACAUGCGGACUCAGUUCCCGGACCUCCGCCUCAUCCAAUAUGACUGUGGUACGUGUAGCCGGGCAGGGCCUGCAUGCUGCCAAUUAGGAGCCAGGGCAAUGUGGAGUGCUGUGCAUUAAAGCUGCUAGGGCGAACUGUGUUCAGUUAUCCUGCUGGGCACUCUUUGCCCUUUGCUCAGUUUUUCUUUCUGGCCCUUUUUUCCCCUCCAGGGAAACUGCAGACUUUGGAUGUUCUGCUGCGGCAGCUCAAGGCUGGUGCCCACCGGGUCCUUAUCUUCACUCAGAUGACUCGCAUGUUGGAUGUGCUGGAGCAGUUUCUCAAUUAUCAUGGACAUAUCUACCUGCGGCUGGAUGGUAGCACCCGUGUGGAGCAGCGGCAGGUAGGCAGUAACAGCCUGUGGCCACUUACAAAGUGCUCAGAGAACUCAUGAGGUCCAGGCUUCUUUGGCAAAUGGGUCUGUCAAGGUGUGCAUCGCAAAAAAAUCAAAACAUGAAACUCCAGGAGAAUGCUAGUCUGCAUUUGGGGCAAAUGAAAGGAAGCUCAUUCAUGGCCUUUUGCCAUGUGAUAGACAAAAAAGGGGCUGCUGAGUGAAUUUUUUGUGUGUGUCUUUGUUUUUUAUUAUUUUAGUCUGUAAGCUGCCUUAAUGAUUAUUAUAUCAAAAGGUGGAUAAAAGAAAUGGGGGGGGGGGGUUUGUACAAAGAUUGCAAAGGUUCAAACCUGAAAUUGCCAGAUUUGGGUACUACUGUCUACAUUUUGCCCCAGAAUUAUGUCAUUAUUGGCAAGGAGCAAUGUGAUGACAGGAGGAAAUGCCUGGGCAAAUACGGAUUAUAGAAAGAGCAGGGACAGGAUGGCAUGAGAAAAGAAAGUCAUGCAAGUCAAGAAAUCUCCCAUCUUCUUUAUGUAGUGUCUUUUUGAGUAAUCCGGGAGAUAGAAGUUGGUUUUUAUGAUUGCAGAAUUAAGGGAAUUAUUGUGUACUGGUCUGGCUUCCUUACAGUUCUGGCUUGUAAACAAUGUACACUUCCCAAAGCUCAAAAGUAAAACCAGGAGUUUGGGUCUUGGGUUUCUUUCCUCUUUGGCUCCAGAUUUUUCUCUAAUCCUGGCAGGCACUGAUGGAGCGCUUCAAUGCAGACAAGCGCAUCUUCUGUUUCAUCUUGUCAACGCGCAGUGGUGGCGUGGGAGUAAACCUGACAGGUGCCGACACUGUGGUGUUCUAUGACAGUGACUGGAACCCCACCAUGGAUGCUCAGGCCCAAGAUCGCUGCCACCGUAUCGGGCAGACGCGUGAUGUUCACAUCUACAGGUUAGCUGGGCUCCUUGUGCUGCUGGCAUAGGAAGCUGCCUCCAAGGAUGUGGACAAGCUGCUUGGACAAGUGAAACUGACCACCUGUCUCCUUGAUCCUUGCCCAUCCUGGCUUAUAAAAACAAGCAGGAAGGGCUGGGCGAUGGGCUCUGUGGGGUGGUGAAUGCUUCCCUCUCUGAGGGAGCUUUCCCAGACCUGCUGAAAGAGGCGCUUCAUCUUUGGACCCAGCCAAUAUGGCCAACUAUUGCCCAGUCUCAAAUCUUCCAUUCUUGGGCAAGGUGAUUGAGCGGGUGGUUGCUAACAACUCCAAGCACGCCUGGAGGAUGUGGACCAUUUGGAUCCCUUCCAAUCGGGAUUCAAGCCUCAUCAUGGGACUGAAACCUUCCAAUCGGGAUUCAAGCCAUAUCAUGGUCCAGUGGGUUUAGGGACAGAGGUGAAAGCUGUUUCCUAGUUCUGCUGAAUCUCUCGGCGGCCUUUGAUACCAUCAAGCAUGACAUCCUUCAGGACCGUCUAGAGGAGCUGGGAGCACUGUUAUGCAGUGGUUCUGCUCCUUCCUCCUGGGCUGUGUCCAGAAAGUGGUGUUGGGGGAUGAGUGUUUGGACCCCUGGGCUCUCACUUGUGGGGGUGCCUCAGGGAUCCGUCCUCUCCCUCAUGUUUUUUAACAUCUACAUGAAGCCACUGGAAGAGAUCAUAAGGGGGUUUGAGCUGGGUGUCCACCAGUAUGCAGAUGAUAUCCAGCUCUACCUCUCUUUCAAAUCAGAACCAGUGAGGGCAGUGAAGGUCCUGUGUGAGUGUCUGGAGACAGUUGGUAGAUGGAUGGUGGCUAACAGAUUGAGGUUGAAUCCUGACAAGACAGAAGUACUGUUCUUAGGAUACAGGGGGUCUAACACUGCUCCUGAAAGACUAAGUGUGCAGCCUGGAAGUCAUUUUAGACUUAUAGCUGUUCAUGGAGGCACAAGUCAAUUCUGUGUCCAGUGCAGCUGUCUACUAGCUCCAUCUGGUAUACAGGCUGAGACCCUACCUGCCCGCAGACUGUCUCGCCAGAGUGGUGCAUGCUCUAGUUAUCUCCUGCUUGGACUACUGCAAUGCUCUCUACAUGGGGCUACCUUUGAAUGUGACUUGGAAACUACAACUAAUCCAGAAUGUGACAGCUAGACUGGUGACUGGGAGUGGCCACCGGGACCGUAUAAUAUCGGUCUUAAAGGAACUUCACCGGCUCCCAGUACAUUUCCGAGCACAAUUCAAAGUGUUGGUGCUGACCUUUAAAGCCCUAAACAGCCUCAGCCCAGUAUACCUGAAGGAGCGUCUCCACCCCCAUCGCUCAACCCGGACACUGAGGUCCUCCGAAGGUCUUUUGCUGGUUGCCUCACUGCGAGAAGUGAGGUUACAGGGAACCAGGCCAAGGGCCUUCUCAGUAGUGGCACCCUCCCUGUGGAACACCCUCCCAUCAGAUGUCAAGGAAAUAAACAACUAUCUGACUUUUAAAGACAUCUGAAGGCAGCCCUGUUUAGGGAAGUUUUUAAGGACUGAUGUUUUUAGAUAUGUUUUAAGCAGCCCAGAGUGGCUGUGGAAACCCAGCCAGAUGUGUGGGGUAUAAAUAAUAAAAUUAUUAUAAUAUUAUUGUGCCCAGUCAGUCUAGACUAGCUCAAUAUUAUCUUCACUGACUAGCUGUGGUUCUUCAGGGUUCCCAGAGAUAUUUCCCAGCCUUACCCUGAGAUAGCAGGGACCAAACCUUGGACCUUUUUGCAUAUGAAACGUGUUCUUUAGGAAGUGAUAGACAUCUAUACUACUUUUAGAAGACACCUGAAGGCAGCCCUGUAUAGGGAAGUUCUUGAUAUUUGUUGGAAGCUGCCCAGAGUGGCUAGGGCAACCUGGUCGGAUGGGCAGGGUACAAUUGUUAUUUAGCCAUUGCAGAGACUGCAGGACACACUUCCUGAAAGAGACUUGUAAUAGGGUGGCACAGUAACGUACAGAAGCUGUACACGCUAGCAGUAACUUGAAUGUUAACUCUCUGGUGCUUUGUACAGGUUGAUCAGUGAAAGGACAGUGGAGGAAAAUAUCCUGAAGAAGGCCAAUCAGAAGAGGAUGCUUGGAGAUAUGGCUAUUGAGGGUGGCAACUUCACGACAGCCUAUUUCAAACAGGUGACUACACAGAUCUGUCAAGACCUGCCUGCAGAAAUCUGCUUUGUAUAGCCUUUCGGACAGUUGGCUUUGCAGUGCCACUGUUUUGAUGCUGAGCCUCAUGAAGAGUUCCUUAACACUUGUAUUAUCCUGAGACAUCCUUGGGAGUAGCCAUGUUGGUCUGCUGCAAGAACGGCAAAACAAGAAUCUCAUGGCAUUUUACAGACAAAUUAGUUUGCUGCAACUGGGUUUCUGACGUGUAUGCUGAGAAUGAGGAGCUCACUUCUGUAAGGUCUGUUUGUAAUGUGUUUAUUUCUGUGCUCCUCAGCAAACAAUUCGGGAGCUGUUUGACAUGCCCCUAGAUGAGCCAGCCAAGAAAGAAGGGGAGGCCUCAGCUGUAGCACAGGAGGAUGAAGAGGACCCAAUGGCCACCAAGCAGACACAGAUUCUGGAGCAGGUAAGCUUUCAGCUUUCAUAUUGAAAAUAAGAGUGGUGGCCCUCCAACAAAGAGAGUCCUUGUUUACAUCUGUGUAAACUCACAGGCACUGUGCAAGGCAGAAGACCCCGAAGACAUCCGGGCAGCUACCCAGGCCAAAGCAGAGCAAGUGGCUGAGCUGGCAGAGUUCAAUGAGAACAUCCCUUUGGACACAGAAGAUCGGCCCAGCAGGGAAGAAGAAGAGGAGAUGUCUAAAGCUGAGCAGGAGAUUGCCUCACUGGUGGAACAGGUACACAGUUUCUUGGUGCGCCUUUAGAAAGUGCAAGUGCUUAUCAACUUUUAGACAAAAGUAGAUGGGGAUGGAAUGGUGGUUCUGUUCCUCCAUGGUAUGUGCAUGUUUGAGGCUUCCUUAAUCAGACUGUCUACUAGUGCUGUCUACUCUGAUUGGCAGCAAUUCUCCAAAAUCUCAAGCAGAGAUUUUUUUAAACUGAAGAUGAUAGAAUUUGAGUCAUGAAGGACACGUACUCUACCAUUGAACUAUAGGCCCUCCUUUUCCAAGACACUUGGUAGCCAAAAUCAUUCUAGAAGCUUCAGUUCCUAUUCCAUCUCCCUCCUACCCCUCCGCUGCAGCUGCCCUGAUAACCUGGCUCUCCAUGUUUUCCCCUAUUCUGACUGACUUGGCCUGCAGUUUCCCUCAGAUACCCCUCUGAAGUUCCUUUUCCCUUUGCAGCUCACCCCUAUUGAACGUUACGCCAUGAACUUCCUGGAGGCAUCUCUAGAGGACAUCAGUCGGGAGGAGCUGAAGCAGGCAGAGGUAAAUUCCCUACCCCUGACUGGAAGCACCCCCUGCAUAGUAUCUUGUCAGGCAAGCAUAGCUGGAGGGAUGUUCUGUGACUGAUUGGUUGCAUCUGCCAGUUUGAAGUUGGUGAGCUCCUCAGUCAGAUGGCAACUUUUUAAAGACAAAUGCACAGCAAUCUUUCAUGGUCAUGACACCAAGGCUCAGAAACUUGUAGGAGGAGCUUCUGUGGGUUGUUAUUAGAAGUUAUGGUGUUGUGUACUCAGUCUUAUCGGGGAAGAAGAUGUCUCAGGCCUCUUAAGAGUCCCGCUCUCUCUGGUGCCACUGAAUGGACCAAGCCUGGUUGGCAUCACUUGUUAAAUCAGUAGUAGUUCCCCUUUGGCUGUCUAUUAAGCUCCCUUCUCUGUUGUCCUUAGGAACAAGUAGAAGCUGCCCGCAAAGAUAUUGACCAGGCAAAGGAUGAGGUAGUCUUCAAGCUGCCAGAGGAUGAGGAUGAGAGCUAUCUCGUUGAGGAAGGCACCAGCAAGAAGAGUAAGAAGUCCAAGGGUUCAAGCCGCACAGCCUCCGAGAGGACAGGCACCCGCAUGAGUGAAAGGCUGCGUAGCACCCGCCUCCUGCUGCGGGAUGGGGAGAGUGGAGAUGGGGAAUCCCCCCAGGCAAGACUACCCAGUCUCCGGCAUUCCCACAUGGUGACGGAUGAGGAAGACGAUAGCCUGCCCCAAGUAGCUCAACACACGCGAGGGGCUGCUGUGCGUAGGGAGUUGGUGCAGGAGGAGAAGCCUGCCCAGGCAGCCCUGCACUCGCGCAGAACUUUGGCCCGCCGAGAGGAGCCCUGGACUAAGGCCCCAGUGACUGGGGAGAGGGUGCCGAAAACAGCUCCCCACAGGACUGAGGCUUCUGCUUCUGGUGACAGGGUUUUGAGAAAUAAUCCCCACAGGACAGAGACCUUGUCUGCUGCGGAGAAGUUGCUACCAGUUACUCCACAGAAGGCAGAUUCAGGGGCUGCAGGGGACAGGAUGCUAAAAGGAACCUCUCCAAGGACAGAAACCCAGCCUGCUGGUGAUAAGUUGCCACGAAGUGGCCCCCAGAGAAUAGAUACUGGCUUGGAGAAGGAGGUGAGACCAGGCCUGCAGAAGCCUGAGAAACCCUGUGAGUUGGAUAAACUCCCAUCCAGCCCUCCUAGGUUAGAAGUACCAAUAAAUGAGGCACAACUCCUCCAGCCUCCUCCUCGGGCACUUGAUGGAGAGGUGGCCAGUUUAAAAACAGUUUUAAAAGAGCAGGAAGAGAAAGAAAGUGCCCAGCUCAGUCCACCAGCCCCUGAACCCCAUGUUUCCAAGAAUGUCCCAAAUGUAGAAGUACCAGUCUUCCAGGCACAAGAUGUGCUAGUGGCUGAGGAGAAGUUGUUGAGUACGCCGUCACCACCUAGCACUGAGAAGGCUGUCCUUGAGGUCCCAGCAACUAAAGAGAAGGCACCAAGCGCAGUGAGUCUCCUUGCCGCUGUGGAGCUACCUAAUGAGAAACAACCCGAGGCUGCUUGUGAGGUAGACCUACCAUGGAGGGAGCAAAAGGAGAGCCUGCCAAGGUCAGAGGAAGAAGCAGACAUGAACACCUCUUGCAGUACUGCGGUACAAGAGUCACUGAACUCUGUAUUUGAGGCACGCAGGCCUGAGCUUGUUCAAGGGGCAGCACCUUCCGACGGUCCUGACAGAACAGCAUCUAAGACAUUCACCUCUAGAAGCUCAGAGGCCACCCCCCUGGAGUCCACAGUUAGUGCAUCAUCCAGGUUGGACAGUGAGACCCCUAAGAUUGAGGUGCCUCUGCUUCCUUCCCUGGACCACUCCAUGCCAGCUGCUGGCUCCCUUGUUCAACUGGAAGCUCCGCCCUGUGUCAAGGAGCCAAAUGGUUUGGAGCAGGUUCCCAGAGCAGAAGACUUGCCAUGUCCCACUUCAAGCCUCCUAGAUGAACCAGAGUCUGAGUUUGCACCUGGAGAGACUGUAUUGCCAACACCAGAGGUCUCAAGCAGUGAAAACAAGAGCCCCAAGGAGUCACACAAGCAGGAUCAAGGGGUUGUUGGGAAGAAGCUUCAUGGGGAGGAGCACCAAAACAAAGAGGCUGAAAUUCAGGCCACGUGCCUGCCAGCUGUCUCCUCACAGGCGAGUCCAUCAGAUACUGCUGUCUGCUCAGGAGCGCCAUCUGCAGAUGAGAGUCUGUCGCUGAUUAAAACCCCUCGCCGUCGAACCAGUGCAGACGUGCAGAUCCGGCAGAGCUGUCAGGACCAAGAUGGCCCUGCUGCCAAAGUUUUGCGCAAGCUGCCAGGGCGGCUGGUCACAGUGGUGGAGGAGAAAGAGCUGAUUCGGCGUCGCCGUAAUCGUGUGCGCAAGUUGGAUACUGCCAACAGCACCGUGGUGAGUCCCAGCAACAGCUCAGCUCAGAGCAUGUCAGAGCCAGAGCCCUCCUCCCCUUCUGGCAAAGAGUUGCCAUUGCUGCGAGACUUGCCUGCCCGUCGGAGAAUUGAGCUGGAGAGCCGGGCAGCAGCUAAGGAGAGAGAUGGUGGCCUAAGAGGAGAGACGCACGCUAGCCCUUCUGCUGAGCCUAUGAAACGCAAGCGGGGGCGUCCCCCCAAGAACAAGUCCUCUGAGCAGCAGAGUCCAGGGCUGCUGCAGCCCCUCCCAGAGCCUGUCCAGGAGACCACCUCCCAGAGUCAGACCGCAGAGAAGAAUGUGCCCGAGACCCAGCCCCAAAGCAAGACCUCUGAGAAGAAGGUGCCCGAGACCCAGCCCCAAAGCAAGACCUCUGAGAAGAAGGUGCCCGAGACCCAGCCCCAAAGCAAGACCUCUGAGAAGAAGGUGCCCGAGACCCAGCCCCAAAGCAAGACCUCCGAGAAGAAGGUGCCCAAGACCCAGCUCAAAAGUAAGAUGCUAAACAAGAAGGUGCCCCAGACGACCUCACCCAAGACCAAGUCUCCCAAGGGUAAAACAGAGAGUAGUGAGAACAACUCUCCUGUGGAAAAGCGACGGCGUGGCCGCCCCCCCAAGAUACGGGAGGCCCCCACUGUGUCUCCAAAGCCUUCUCAUUCUGAAGUUCUGCCAGCCUCCUCUGCAAAUCCUCUGGUCACAGAGCUACUCCCUAAUGUGCAGGAGCAGCGGGACAAGUCCCCUAGGCCCACCCCUGUGGCAGAAGCAAUACCUAAGAUUCACGAAUCGCUGGACUUGCAUCCCAAUCCCAAUACAACGUCUAUCUCAAAAGUAUCCCCCAAGGCGCGGAACCGAAUGCCUGUGCAUCCCAAACCCACCUCUGUUUCCAAACCAGCUCCUAAGGCACGAGAACUGUUGGCCGCUCCCCCCAAGCCUGUUUCCAAAUUCUCCGCAGGAGCGUGUGAGCCCCUUCCUACUCCCCCUAGAGCUGUCUCUGCAGCAGAAGCCUCCCCAGAGAUUCAAGCACUGCCUUCUCUGCCCCGACCACCCCGCCCCUCGCCCCAAGCUGCCCUCAGUUCCACAACUUCCGAGUCUCCGCCCAAGCGGAAGAGGGGUCGGCCCCCAAAGAACCCACCUUCCCCUCGUGUGGAGGCCGCGCCACCUCCCACCUCACCCUCUGACCACGAGAUCUGCACCGAGAAGAAGGAGACCCUGGCUCCCCCUGUCCGCAAGCGGCGACGGAGGAGGAGAAAGGAUGAACUGGGCCCGUCGUUGCCGGGCGUCAGUCAGAGCUCCUCGGAGGGCGAGGACUCCCGGCCGCUCACCAGGCUGGCUCUGCUCAAGCGUGAGGAGAAGCCAGAGUCUUGUGGCGAGGGCUUAGCGCAGCCCGUCCCAAAGCAGGCGCUUCCCGAGGGCGCUUCGUCUGCAGAGAGCAGCGCUUGGGAGCAGCCUUCUGGGGACACCCCCGCCCGCUCCACCCGUCUCCGGCCCGGCAGCCUCGUCCCACCACUGGAGCGCGAGACUCAGCGACGGAAACGCCGCUGCUUCCUGAAGGGCAGCCGGGUGAGCAACAGCAGCCAGUCACCCGCUCCCCAGGCCACCUCGGAGCAAGAGGGUGGGGAGUCCGAGUCCUCCCUGAGGUCCUCCUCGGAGUCAAGCAGCAACAAGUGCUCCCAACAGCCCAAGCGCCAGUGCUAUGAGUCGGGCGGUGGGCGGGGCAGGGGGCGAGGGCGGGGUUGGCGCACCGGGAGCCUGGCUGACCGGAUUCUCCGUAGCGCAGCCAAGCCCAGUGACGGCACCCAGCCGGCCUCCUCCCCCAUCCCCACCAGGAAAACGGGCCCUGCUUCCGUGCCCACCUCAGUGGGGGGCGGCUCUGGGGUGCUAUCUCCCUCCUGCGCUCCUUCUCCAGCCGCCCCGGUUACCUCUUCACUAAGUAACAGAGGCCGCAAGCCCAAGACGUGA